AUGGCGUCAAUAGCCCUGUUUACAGUGGUGGCCAAUGUCACGGUGUUUCUGGCAAUGGUUCAGACGCUAAUCAGAGACGCAAGACGAGGUUUGAAAACUGUGGCUAUAAAUAGUACCAACAGUUACGUCACCAGGUUUCUCAUGCUGUCUAUGACUGUAUCCGGUGUCAUGGUUGGCAGCGUCAUCAUGCCCUUGUCCCUAUUGAAAACGUUAGGCCUGCUGGUAUUAAGCUACGCUCAAUGCGCUGUAAUGGUUUACUUGGACUACCUCCUGUGUGCUGUGUCCACUCUCCAUGUCCUUUUCAUGGCUGUGGACACGUACCUGGUCAUCUGCAAGCCUCUGAAACGUGGUAAGCAUGACCAAAAAGAAUGCAACUGGACUAAACCAAAGUGA